AUGGGACCACGCCUUCCAAGUCUACUGGGAGCAAAGCAGUGGCGUGUUCCCGAAUCCGCUCUCCCUCCCUGUGUGACUGUGCUCGACUCGCUGUUUGUUGCCAACUCGGCUGCUGUCGGGGGAGCCGUGUUCGUGGAUGGGAGUGACCCUGCCUGCCACAACACCACAGCAUCCCAGCAGGUACAUUACAGUGCCGUCCUCAUGUUCGCUUCCCCUCUUCCUGUGCCACCCUGCUGGACUUUCUCUUUCUCGCCAACUCUGCUGCUGUCGGCGGUGCUGUGUUCGUGGAUGGGAGCGACCCCUCCUGCCACAACGCUACAACAUCCCAGCAGGUACAUUACAGUGCCGUCCUGCUGCUCGCCCUGCCCCUUCCCCUUCCUCUCGCCGUGUGUAGCGGUGCUCGACUCGCUGUUUGUGGCCAACUCUGCUGCUGUCGGCGGUGCCGUGAUUGUGGAUGGGAGCGACCCGACCUGCCACAACGCAUCAUCAGACCCGCAGGACCCCAGCAGCACACAGGGAGCGUCGCUGCACAUGAGCAACGGGCUGUUCGAGGCCAACAGGGCUGCUGUGCCUCACUCACCGCCUUGGAUGGAGGGGCAGAGCAGCAGCAAUGUGGGCUCCCUAUUCCUUCCGUCCUUGCCACCUGGCCCCUGUGCCUCACUCUUCCCUCGCACCAACCAGGACCCCAGCAGCACACAGGGAGCGUCGCUCCACAUGAGCAGCGUGCUGUUAGAGGCCAACAGGGCUGCUGUGGAUGGAGGGGGUUGUGGAUGCCAAACGUGUGUUUGCUUGCACCCUUUCCUCCCACCGCCCCACAACCACACCAACCAGGACCCCAGCAGCACACUGGGGGCGUCGCUGCACAUGAGCAACGGGCUGUUAGAGGCCAACAGGGCUGCUAUGGACGGAGGAGGAGCGGCUGUGCGUCUCCGUCACUCUGUCCUUCACGCCUGGCCCCUUCCCUCCAACCAGGAUGAUACCGCACUGGGGGCGUCGCUGCACAUGAGCAACGGGCUGUUAGAGGCCAACAGGGCUGCUGUCGAUGGGGGAGCAGCGGCUGUGGGGUCUCACGGGCGACUUGGGGGGCAAGCUUCAUUCUCCACCGUCCGGUUCAAUAAGAAUUCCGCACGGAGGGAUGGAGGAGCGCUGUUCGUGGGGGGAGGCCGUCCCGACCAUGCCGGCAGAAGAGUCACUGUCUAUGAUGCAUCGUUUCUUAGUAACACUGCUGGUCACAGUGCUUCUAACCCUGUCCUCUUCUUCUCCCUGCCUGCCUGCCUGCCUGCCUGCCUGCCUGCCUGCCUGCAGAGGGAUGGAGGAGCGCUGUUCGUGGGGGGGGGCCGUCCCGACCAUGCCGGCAGCACAGUCACUGUCUAUGAUGCGGCGUUCCUCAGCAACACUGCUGAUACCCCUCGUGCAAGAGGCAACGUGACUAUAUCCAACUCAGCUGAUUGCCUCCGCACCCCUCCACCCUUCACCUGCCCUUUCCUUCCCACCUACCUCAAGGCUAUUCCUCCCCAAUCUGCAUCAGCAUCAGCACCAGCACCAGCAUCAGCAGCUGCUGCUGCAGUAUCUCCUACCACACCUCGUCCCCUCUCCACCAUCUCCUCCCUCCCUGCUUCUGCCCCUACACCUGCCACUGCCACUGCCCCUGCUGCUACACCUGCCUCUUCUGGUCAUGCCACUGCCACUGCCCCUUCCCCCACUCCCACGCCAACCACUCCGGUCUCUGACUGUGCCUGCCCCCAACCGGAAGUGACACCGUCCUCCACCCCUUCCACCUCCUUUCCCUCUCCACCCGCCUUACCUCCUCCCUGCGCUCGUCACCUGCGGGAGAAGCUUUCAAAGGAGCCUCAACCACCAAGGUGA